AUGUAAUAUGAGUGAUUUUGAAAAUGGAUGUGAAUAGUUCAGGCUCAAUAAACCCUUUUCCAAAAAUUUGGAGAAAUUUUAUUAGUUUUCCUACUCAAUCGUAAUAACCGCAGCUGAAAUGAUUCAUUCUAGUCGGACUCUAUGGAUUUCUGCAAUUGCAAUCUUUAUUGUGAUUUUACAAUGGAGUGAAAUAAGUCAAGCAAAUCCUGAUUCGGAUUAUUCUGGUCCACGAACCACACCAAGACCUCCUAUUUACGACUACAUUCCUUCUAUAAAAAGACAACACAACGCUGCAUUAAUUUUCUUGCACAGAGCAGGCUUAAAUGGAACAGAAAUGAAACAUUGGGUUCAAGUUUUAAUCGGAUCGACGGAAUUCCAACAUAUUAAGGUCAUUUUCCCCACAGCUCCCGUUCAAUCUUACACACUUCUUAACAAAAAGAAACGUGUCAUUUGGUACGAUCAAGACAGUUUCACAUUCGACGCAGAAGAAAAGAUCAACAGCUUCAAAUCAGGAGAAAAAGUAAUAAGUGAAAUCAUAAAUUAUGAAAUAAACACUGGAAUACCAAUGAAUCGAAUAAUUAUUGGAGGAUUUUCAAUGGGAGGUGUAAUGGCUUUGCAUUAUGGAUACCGUAUGAGCAGUGGACUAGCUGGUGUUUUCGCGCUAUCUGCAUUUCUUCCUAAUAAAACCAAAUUGUAUGACGCAAUUCGAGAAUCAAAUCAAACCCAUAAACCACCUCUCUUCAUGGCAACAGGCGACGGGGAUGAGUUCAUCAGAGAAAAAUGGUGCGAACACACGUUCGAGAAACUACAAGAAUGCGAUGUAAAAGGCGAAUAUUACUCGAUUAGGAAAAUGCUGCAUACGAUGAGUGUUCAAGAAAUGGUGCGAUUGUGGGAUUGGAUCCAUAGAAUCGUGCCAGAUGGAUCCCAGUAUGAUGUACAAACAACGCCCGAGGAUAGUGGAACCGAUGAAGAUUACUAUGGGGAUAGAAAAUACACGAAAUUCCAAAAAAUUGUCGUCUGAGAAACUUUUUUCACCAAAUCUGAUUUUAUAAAUUUAUUUUUCUUGAAUUUUUAGAAAAAUUAAAGAGGAUGAAGAAAAUGAGGCAAAAGGCUAGAGACAUUAUCAUUAAAAAUAUUUAUAAUAAAAUUUCAACCAAUUCGUGUUUUAA